AUGAAACUUAUAUAUCUUGUCGCACUUACUUUUGUAUUGAGCUUACACGUCACAUACAAUGAAAGCGGAGAUGAUUGGACCGGGACGUGCCAGGACGGUAUGCUACAAUCUCCAUUUGCAAUCAAAGAUUCAAAAUCCGAAAUCAUCCCGACAAACACAACAAGAUCAGUAGUUCUCUACCCUCAUUUUGAAUCGAAUUUCACUAUGGGGCAUCUGACGUCCUAUUCUUAUGCUCUCUACUCAGACUGGGGCUAUCUUACAAUUGCAGUUCCGUCUCAAGAGCCUUUUAACGUUUAUUCGUCAGCAUUCCAUUUUCAUUCACCAUCUGAGUAUAUGCUUAAUGGCAAAUAUUAUGACUUAGAAAUGCACACGGUGAUGAAAAACCCGAAUGCUCCAGGCUCGAUUUACGUGCUAGGCAUAUUUUUUGACGUGAAUGGAAAGACCAAUAAAUUCAUCUCCCAGGUAAUGGACUCAGAAAAAAAAUUCACCGAUGUGAAUUUAGGGGAUAUUUUCAGCGGAAUCGACAAAAUUGAGGAAUUUUAUGAAUUUGAAGGAUCUUUAACAACCCCACCAUGCACUGAAGGAGUUAAAUGGUUUCUUUGGAGCGAAAUCCAGGAUUUAGAUGAAAACCAGAGACUGUUUUUCCACAAAUUUUGGGCUGGGAAUGCUUCAUUUGCAGAUAAGAAUGGAAAUAAUAGAAAUUUACAAGAAGAAAACGACAGACUUGUGAUAAAGUAUGGGGAAAGAGACGACAUGAGUAUUAAGCUUGAGUUCUCAAUCUUCCUUCUGAUCGUUUCAAUAUCGCUUUGUCUAUCCUAA